AUGGAUUGCUUGCCAACUGAAAUUCUCGAGAUGAUCGGGACCUUCGUAGAUGACAAGCCCACGCAAAAGGCUUUGACUGAAAGCUCUGUCGAAUUCCACACGCUGUUUACACCACGUCUCUAUUCCUCUAUCACCCUACCAAGCAUCUGGACACUCAUCCAGUUUGAUCUCAUUCGACGACUGUGCUCUUCACCUGAGUUGGCGAGUCUUGUUCAUCACUUUGCUUUCAGGAUUCGGGGGUACGACGACUACGGCGAGGAUGAACUCCCCCCAAGGCGCAAAGAGUAUAAGCCCUUCAUUGAUGAACUUGUGGCUGCGUUAUGUGAACUGGGAUGUGAUAAAUGGGUGUGGUGGGAUGGUCUGGAGAGCUUAUCUAAAGACGCAUGGGCUUGCGCAACGCUCAUUAAAUUGACUCGUCUAACUACUUUGAAGGUCACUCUUGAGAACUAUGAUUUUUCGGAUCUGACAGAGACGUACCUAGCAAGAAUCUGGAGAUCAGCAGCUUUUCGUCCACAACCACCAGUCCAUGCUGCUCCAUUCCAACGUCUCAAAGUUAUCUUUCUCUUCCAAAACCGCAGGCAGAUCUCAGCACAAACACUGCUUACUUCACAGCAUAUACUGUAUUCGCUCUGUUUUCCAGCUCUCAACCAUGUCAGUGUGUGCGGACAUUUUGACUAUUGGGAUUAUGAACAAGAUCUUGAAAAGUGCCUGCGUUACGACAAGUUCAUGAUUACAAAUUGUCCAGUCAAAGAGGUUACUAUUUGGCCGUCAGAAUAUUGCAACGAAAUCGUUCAAUGGUUCAGAGAAUCGACUAAUCUCGAGCGUCUUAAUCUUGUGAUAAGUCAGGUGGAGCGUGAACCGCCUGAGAUAACAGUCACCGACUAUUCACGCCAAGGGCUCCUAAUGGUCAAGGAUACCCUAAAGUCUCUUUCUAUUCAAUGGGAUGAAAGAUUACAGCAAGGCUUCAGAGAAAGGGGGCCCAAUUCCCAUCGUCUCAAGAUGAGCAUUUUCCGAUUUUCGUCACUCAUGGAACUGUGUGCUCUGGAGCAUCUCAUUAUACCACACUCAAAUCUUAAAGGGCUUCCAGACCAACCCACAUAUGAGUAUUCAAAAUCCUUCAUUAGCAAUUUUCCUGCCCCACUCAAGACACUCAGGAUCACCGACAUCAAUUUCCAUCUCAUCACUGAAUUACUCCUAGAUGGUGUGGGAUUAGUCAAAGAGCGGACUUCCAUGCCCUCCCUGGAGUGUGUUUCUCUUGAAGCGUUCAAAAAUGCAGACUCGAGGAGUACCUUCUGCGAUGAUGUCUCAAUUCAAGGGUAUCUGUCGCAUAACGACCCCAGGAUAAAGGGGCAGGUUCGCCUUGAUUUAGGACGGGAUGCCAGGCUACUUAAACAGCAUAAUGCGCUGAAACCACAUACUGAGAGCUAUACCUUUCGGUUCUUUGAAGGAGCAGACAACCUUGAUGCAGCUUCAUUUGUGAGGCUGGCAUCCUCAGUAGAUGACAAGGUCUCUGUAAAUAUUAACAUACAGCCGGACCCUUAUUAUAUAGAAGAGAAGAAAUAG